AAUGUUUUAUUGAUCUAGGUACUCUGGCACUGAAAGCGUGAACAACCUAAGGUAACGAUGUCGUCACCAAGGGACGACCAGAGAGCCCAAAUCCCUUGACUCCCAGGCUGAUGUUUUCCACUAAUAGUGUUCCUUUCUACUCAUCUGCGCGCUUCAAGUGUAAAAGACCGGAGAAGGCAGAAGACCCUAGUAUGAGCCAAAUUUGCGAGACGCGGAUGCUCUGAAGAUCCUCAGAAAUCGCCGUGGUGGACUCUUUUGUUUUGGCUGAGCAAGAUGAAAGCAGCAACCACAGACCCCAGGGACCAAGAACUGGAACUAGACAAUGAGUUACAAGGCACUAAUAGUUCUGGAUCCUUGGGUGGUCUUGAUGUUCGCAGAAGAAUUCCUAUAAAACUCAUCUCCAAACAAGCGAACAAAGUUAAGCCUGCACCUCGAAUCCAAAGGACUAUUAGCAGGAUGCCUGCAAAGGCCCCACCAGGUGAUGAAGGAUUCGAUUAUAAUGAAGAGCAGCGGUAUGACUGUAAAGGGGGCGAGCUCUUUGCAAAUCAGCGAAGAUUUCCAGGACACCUUUUUUGGGAUUUUAAGAUAAACAUCUUAGGUGAAAAGGAUGAUACACCAGUUCAUUUCUGUGACAAAUGUGGAUUGCCUAUUAAAGUCUAUGGGAGAAUGAUUCCAUGCAAGCAUGUUUUUUGCUAUGACUGUGCUAUUUUACAUGAAAAAAAAGGAGAUAAGAUGUGCCCAGGCUGUAGUGAUCCUGUGCAGCGGAUUGAGCAGUGCACACGAGGUUCUCUCUUCAUGUGCAGCAUUGUGCAAGGUUGCAAGAGAACCUACCUGUCUCAGAGAGACCUGCAAGCUCAUAUCAACCAUCGCCAUAUGAGAGCUGGGAAGCCUGUCACCCGACCUUCACUUGAGAAUGUUCAUCCUCCUCCUAUUGCCCCCCCACCAGCUGAGAUCCCCGAUCGUUUCAUAAUGCCACCAGACAAGCACCAUAUGAGCCAUAUGCCUCCAAAGCAGCACAUCAUGAUGCCACCACCUCCUUUGCAACAUGUGCCACAUGAGCACUAUAAUCAGCCACAUGAGGAUAUCCGUGCUCCUCCAGCAGAAUUAUCCAUGGCUCCACCUCCUCCUCGUUCGGUCAGUCAGGAAACCUUUCGUAUUUCAACAAGAAAACACAGCAAUUUAAUAACUGUCCCUAUUCAGGAUGACUCAAGCUCAGGUGCUAGAGAGCCACCACCUCCUGCCCCAGCACCUGCUCACCACCAUCCUGAGUAUCAGGGUCAGCCAGUGGUGUCGCACCCUCACCAUAUUAUGCCUCCACAGCAACAUUAUGCACCACCCCCACCUCCGCCACCACCAAUAAGCCAUCCAAUGCCACAUCCUCCCCAGGCUGCAGGUACUCCUCACUUGGUAUAUAGCCAAGCCCCACCUCCACCAAUGACCUCUGCUCCACCACCAAUAACCCCUCCCCCUGGACAUAUCAUUGCCCAGAUGCCACCUUAUAUGAAUCAUCCUCCUCCAGGACCCCCCCCACCUCAGCAUGGUGGUCCACCUGUAACUGCACCCCCUCCUCACCAUUACAAUCCUAACUCUUUACCCCAGUUUACAGAAGAUCAAGGAACUUUGAGCCCUCCAUUUACACAACCAGGAGGAAUGAGUCCUGGUCUGUGGCCUGCACCAAGAGGCCCACCACCACCUCCACGAAUGCAGGGCCCGCCUUCUCAGACCCCACUACCUGGACCACAUCAUCCAGAUCAAACAAGAUACAGACCGUAUUACCAGUGAUAAUAGUGCUUUGAACUGAAGAUAUGACAAGGAAAAAAGAUUAAAUUAGUUAAUCAAGCUUUGGGGAAGGAGAAAAUAACCUCUUUUUGAGGUGGCUAUAAAACAGUCUUGUCUCUCAAAAUGGUUCUGAAUCUUGACCUUAGGAUUGCUUUCAAGUACUAUACUGUAGUGCAGAUAAGUGGCCCGGUUGAGCACAACUAUAUCUUAACAACUGUUACUUUGGCGUGGUAAAUUGACCCAGAAGUGACUAUUUGUAAAAAAAAAAAAAAAAAGAAAAAAAAAAAGA